UCUCACGUUGCAUGGGUGACAUCACUGGCUUUUGGCUCAGUGCUCUGUAUUCUCUGUCUGUAGGCUUUAGCCAAGGCUGCAGGGCUCAGUGUUUGAACAAGGAAAGAUUCCCAGGUGUACGGAAGAUUGGAUACGCUCUUAUUUGGGUUAAAAAAUGGUGAAAUGAGAUUUUUAAAGCUUGCGGACCCCAGCUCGCCUUCUGUUGCUCUUGAUCACUACAAGAUGGAUGGCUAAGGUGCCUGCGUGCUAGGCGAGCCGCGCGCAACACACGCGCCGGAGCCCCCGCCAAGAAGGAAGCCUUUCCGAAAGCGGCGGAAGCGGGCUUGGAAAAGCCAUGCCGGGGAUGAGGACUGCUGCCAGUGCUGCCUAGCGGGAGGCGCGCGCUCCGGCUCCGGUUCCCGCUCCGGCUCCUUCCCGCCGGCACCAGGGAGGCAGCCGCGCUGGGAGGUGGGAGAGCCCGACCGCUGCCCGCUGAGCGACGGCGGGCUCCCGAGCUCCGGCUGCUCCAGGGGAGGGAUCGCUGCCCUACCUUGCCUCGAUGACAGCGCAGACAACAGCGCCGAGCGAGUGAACGGCAAGGCUGGCAGGGAGAAGCCGAGGCGCUCUGGGUGUCAGGAUGUCAGUGCCUGUGAGCAAAAUCUGCUGAGGGGGGGACCCGCACCCGCCCGAAUUUCCCUUUGCAGCCGGGGAGGUUGCAUCUGAGCCACGAUCGCAGGCGGCAGCGGCAACAACAACAGAUUGCUCCCCCUCUCGCUCCCUCCCCUUCGACCCUGCUUUAAGCCCAGGCAAGYGACUGUCCAGAUGAUGCUGGCGGCGAGCAGCUGACAAAGACAAGGCAAGCUCCUGGCUCUCGCCACCGGGAGAGUUGGCUUAAAGAUUCCUCGCUGUCGAACUUUUCUGUCCUGCGACGCUGCUGUGAACCUGCUCUCCAAAAGCCACCGCGUCUGUUGUUUCUGAGCUGGCCAGAUGGGAAGAGAUUAAUGGACUGAUCAGACAGCUGUAGCCUUCGCUUCCCUGGCGGGGACUCUUCCCUCAGCGUGUGGAUCCGUGUGGCGGCGGAGCAGGACGCCCCUGCCGAGGUGYUUCCCGAGCCCAUCCCGUGCCCGCGUGGGGCUGCGUUUCUCCUCGCCAGGUCUCGGCCGCCGAGGAAGGAGGCAGAUGAACCACCAGGACUGCCUCCAGGGCAGGACUUUGUAGCGCUCCCGCGUCCCUCGGCAGCGCGGAUGCGAGCCGCGGGAGCCCUGGAUGUCUGAGGCCACGGGAGCUGUGGGUGUGUGAGGCCGGCUCCGCCAAGCGACACCAAGCAGCUGCCCCGGAGGGUGUCCCGUCGAAGGGCUUUGUCCGUGGUGAAGAUGUCCAUGGUGUUUCUGUGAAGCUGAGGUAUGGCUGCCGGAAGGUUACUGCUCUAUGCCGGCCUCUCUUUAGCUUUGUGUGCCCUGGGCAUGCUGGCCGUGGCAAUCUGCUCCGACCACUGGUAUGAAACUGAUGCCAGGAAGCACAGGGAGAGGUGCAAGAGCAUCACCGGCAAGAGAAAUGAUCCUGGCUUCAUUUAUAACUCCAACAACAACCUGCCUCUCAGGGCCAGCAGGUCGARGUUGGACCGCUGGGAAGGGAAACUCCUCUUGGCAAGAAACAGGAGGCAGAUCUUUGCUAUGAGUCCGGUCGAUGAGUGCAACAGACAGUACAAUUCCACCAACAUGGGGCUCUGGAGAAAGUGCCUCCGACAUGGAUUCGACCAAGAGCUGGAGGAGCUGAUUGCCAAAGGAGCAAUUGAGCGGUGCACGUACAUCAAGUACCACUACUCCUCAGCGACCAUUCCCAAGAACCUCACCUACAACAUCACCAAGACAAUCCGCCAGGAUGAGUGGCAUGCCUUGCAUCUGCGCAGGAUGACAGCUGGCUUCAUGGGCAUGGCUGUGGCCAUCAUCCUCUUUGGCUGGAUUAUCGGGGUGCUGGGGUGCUGUUGGGAUCGAGGCCUUAUGCAGUAUGUGGCAGGGCUUCUCUUCCUCAUGGGAGGAACCUUCUGCAUCAUCUCACUGUGCACAUGCGUGGCUGGAAUCAACUUCGAGCUCUCCCGCUACCCCCGCUACCUGUACGGACUUCCCGACGACAUCAGCCAUGGCUAUGGCUGGUCCAUGUUCUGUGCGUGGGGGGGCCUGGGCCUCACUCUUAUCUCUGGCUUCUUCUGCACUCUGGCCCCUUCUGUCCAACCUGUCCCCAGGACCAACUGCCCCAAAUCUAGACCUGAGAAUGGGACAGUGUGCUAAAACAAAUAGCAAACAAACAAAUGCAUAUAUAUACAUAUAUAUGUCUAUGUAUGCCUAUACAUGCAUAUAUAUGUAUAUAUAAUUAUAUAUAUAUAUAUAUAUAUAUAAAAUCUCAAAUUGAUGCCAGUGCCAAGGUAGAGCUGAGUCCAUGUGGCACUCACAUCUCCACCGGACUCUGUGUUGCUUCGUUCUUUCUCACAGAGAUGGGAAAACUUUUCUCUCCCAUGGCUCUUCCAUCCAGCUCAUAACUUCAGCAUCAUAAUUUAAAGGUCAAACGAACAUAUCAUUGCACCUAUCUACUGCCACUUGGGAAGGGGAAAAGGGGGUCUGUGUGGGGAUCUGGAACCAGAAUCUGUACAGGACACGGAGGGUGGGAGGGUGGGGGGCGGGGGGCAGGGACAAAAAGCCAGUCCAUUUUGCUGCCAGAAAGGAAAAUGCAAAGAACAAGCAAAGAAAUAAAUUGAGCAUUUGAGCCACCUCUAGAAUGUACCUCCUCAAGGCCAUUAUCAGGAAGCCACC